AUGGAAUAUAAUAAUCAAGAUUUACAGAAAAUUCCAUUACCAUUAAUCGAAAAAUUAAUAAAUUUUAUGGUAUAUAGGUUACACCCAAAUCAUUUAUCAUUGCAAACCAUCUCCAAGCCUAUAAAGAUCAAGUUAGUAAGACAGAACCGUGUUAUUACAAUGAGAUUUUCAAUUUAUAGCACAAUAGAUAAAAUAAUAAAUCAAAUCUACGAAAGAGUGUUAAAUGAAGAAAGAAUGGAAAUUAUUGAAAAACAAAAGAAUUUAUCAUCCAAUAAUUUAUUAUCAUUAGUAAAUAAUAAUCUUAAUAAUAAUAACAAUAUUACGACUACUACCACCACCACCACCACAACAACUACAACAGCAACAACAACAGCAAAUAAGUUAACUUCUUCAACAUGGGGUACAAUUGAAAAUUAUGGGUUAUUUCAACAGUCAGGAUCUUUUAGAAAUGCAAGAUGGUUACAACUGGAUAAAACUUUAGCUUUUUAUGAAAUUGAUUCAAAUGAGACAUUAGAGUUUAAGACAACAAAAAAUGUACUAAAGAUUAGGUUUUUUGGUCCAUGGGAAAGAGUUGUUCAUCCAUUACAUCAAUCAACAAUGCUAUUAGAUGAAACUAUUAAAACAUUUGUAAUUGAUGAAAGUAAAACAGUAUCAGAAAUAUCAGCCGAUUUAGCAAAGAAACUACAACUAAAAUAUCCAGAGGAGCUUUCAUUAAAGCGUCAGUGUGAAGAAGAUGAUACAAGAGGUGUAUGGCUAUCAUCCGAUUUAGCGCUACCAGAGCAAAACAUCGAUCCACUAUAUACUAUAUUCCUUUUAAAGCGUCAGUUUUUCUUUUGUAAAGAUAUUAUUAUCGAUUUUAGUAUGGAUCCAGAAAUGUCACACUUUGUAUUUUGCCAAUGUUUAGAUGCCAUCAUCGAUUCAUCUCAUCCUUGCACCCAAACAGAGAGUAUAUUGUUUGCUGCUUUACAAUGUCAAAUUUCAUUUGGUGACUAUGUAGCAAAUUCUAAAGAGAUGGACCAAAUUCGUCUUAAAGAUUUCCUACCACUAGAAUAUACAUACCAAAAAGGAAUUUUAAAAGAAAUUUUAAUUCAAUACCAACGUUUAGCGGGUAUGUCUGAACAAAAAGCAAAGCUCAAUUACAUUCAAUUGGCCAAAUCACUUAAAACAUAUGGUUAUACAUUCUUUAGGGUUAUUUCUAGAUCAAUACAAUCAUCACAACCACAAUCACAACUUUUUGGCAUUUCACCCGAAGCCAUUCUAAUUUUGGAUCCAGAGUCAAGUAAGACCAUAAACCUGUAUUCUCUUAGUAAUAUAAAGAAAUGGCAAAUUUUAAACAACGUCUUCUCCAUCGAAUUUAAUGAUAAAAAAGAAAGUUUCAUCUCUAACGAAGCUGAGGCUAUUUCACAUGUCCUUUCAUCUUAUAUUCAUUAUAGUCUAAGAAAUACACCAUCGAUUCAAAAACAAUGGGAUCAAAACUAUAUAUCAGUUGGACGUAAUUCAUUAACUUCAAGAAAACGUUUAUCAACUUGUUCAAAUUGUUCCAAUGAUUCAGUAGAUUACGAUCAACCCACCUCAAAAAAGGAUAAUCGUUGGAAAUAUCAAGAUAAUCUCAUACUUAAAAAAUGCCAUUUAUACAUAGAGCCUAAAAAAUUAUAUAUCAAUCCUUUAUCAACUCAAAUUAAUGGAUCAAUGGUUUCAAAAGAAUUAAACAAAGAUAACAAAGUUACCAAAGUUUUAAAGGUUUUGACAGAUUUAUCAUCAAAAAUGAUUUUAUCAUUUUCAAAAACAUCACCUGCCAAAGAAAGAGAAAUAGUCGUAAGGUUUUCAGAUAAAAAAGUAAAAAGUUUUAUUGUAGACGAACAAAAGACUGUGGCAGAGAUUACUCAAGAGAUUGGAUUAAAAUUAGGUAUUAAGAAUACCGAAGAAUUUUCACUUCAAGUAAUUGGGAAUUGUAAUAAUAGUAAUAGUAGUUUUAGUAGUGGUAAUAGUAUGAAUAAUAUCAAUAGUAAUGAUAUUAAUAGUAGUGUAAAUAAUAGUGUAUUAUAUAAUAGUUAUAUUGUAAAUAGUUCAAAUUUAAAUUUAAAUAGUUUAAAUACAAAUGUAAAUAAUAGUAAUAAUAGUAGUUUUAGUAAUAGUAAUAAUCAUCAUCAUCUUAAUAGUUCAAAUGAUGAUUCAAUCUUAUCAAAUGGGGGUAUUUGGUUAAAACCAUACCAGCCAUUAUCAGAGCAAUCAAUUUUGCCAGAUGCCAAAUUAAUGUUUAAAAAGAAAUUUUAUUCUAGUGAUAUUGGAGCAGCCGAUGAUUGCAAUAGUGACCCAGUUUAUUUUAAUCUGUUGUUUUUUCAAUCAAAAGAUGCAAUCAUUUCCAAUACCUAUACUUGUUCAAAAGAUGAGGCAAUUCAAUUGGCAGCAACACUGUUUCAAAUUAAUUUUGGUGAUCAUAAUCCAAAUAUUCACAAACCAGGUUUUCUCAAAAGCCAGGACCUAAAGUUCUUCUUACCACCCAAUAGUUUGGAGUUCUAUGGUUUAAGCUUUCAAAAAAUCGAAAAGAGUAUCUAUAAAGAGCAUCAAAAUCUUCGUGGUAUCAAGGAGGUAUAUGCAAAGUAUAGAUAUGUGCAGUUAUGUAGAUCACUAAAAACCUUUGGCGCAAUUUUCUUUUCUGUUCGCCAACUCAUCACCAAAUCCGAAAGUAGAUCAUCGUCACUCUCGUCCCUAUCAUCCUCUUCUUCAUCUCCACUAUCAAUAACCAGCAGUAUAAUCGGUGCUGGCUCAGUCAUUACUGGAGGUGGCAAUAAUAGCAGUGGUAGCAGCGGUAGCGGCAGCAGUGGUAGCAGUUCCCCCACAAUGAUACCCUACAAUCAACCUUUAUUGUUGGGCUUCAGUAGAAAAUGCAUCCUCUUUAUGACAGCUAAAAACAAAAAGUUUUUGGUCGAAUACCCACUAUCACAUCUUAAGCGGUGGGCAUAUCAUAAAGAUUUACAAACUUUUACCUUGGAUUUUGGUGAUUACGAAGAAGGCCGUUUAUUAUUCCAAACUAACGAAUGCGAAGAAAUCUCUCAAUACUUAAGUGACUAUAUAGAUUAUAUUCAAACGAAAUUAGUUGGCUCACAAUCAUUUUCAUCAUCAAUCUACAACGAUAAAGAAAAUAAAUAA